UCAAAGCCCUCGGCGCGCCCCGAGCCUCGUGUUGAGAGCCUCGCAUAGUUCGCCAAGCCGGCCGAGCCCGCCGUUCCCGCGCAGACUCUGCUGCACACGGGAGAAGCCGUGAGGUGUGAGCCUUCAGUGCCCAACUGUUCCUGGAGCCCCCGCUGCCUGGUGUCCCCAAGUCCCUGCUGUGGCGUGGAGCCAUGAGCUGCAUUCCGAUUGUCACCGUGCCCUUGGGGCUGGCGCUGCUGGUGUGCGGCGCCCAGGGCUUCCUCCUGCCCAACGUGACUGAACUGCAGAAGCUGCUGGGCCGCUACCAGCAGGCAGAGCCGCACGUGCGCAUGCGCAGAGCCAUCCCCCGGGAGGACCGCGAGGAGAUUCUGCGGCUGCACAACAAGCUGCGGGGCCAGGUGUCCCCGGCCGCCUCCAACAUGGAGCACAUGACCUGGGACGAGGAGCUGGAGCGGUCCGCAGCAGCCUGGGCUGGGGAGUGCAUCUGGGAGCAUGGGCCCACCAGCCUGCUGGUGUCCAUUGGGCAGAACCUGGCUGUGCACUGGGGCAGGUAUCGCUCGCCUGGCUUCCACGUGCAGUCAUGGUACGACGAGGUGAAGGACUACACGUACCCCUACCCUCACGAGUGCAACCCCUGGUGCCCCGAGAGGUGCUCGGGCCCCAUGUGCACCCACUACACGCAGAUAGUCUGGGCCACCACCAACAAGGUGGGCUGCGCCGUGCACACCUGCCCCCGGAUGGACGUGUGGGGGGAGAUCUGGGAGAAUGCCGUCUACCUGGUCUGCAACUAUUCUCCAAAGGGAAACUGGAUUGGAGAGGCCCCCUACAGGAACGGCAGGCCCUGCUCCGAGUGCCCGCCCAGCUACGGCGGGGGCUGCAGGAACAACCUUUGUUACCGAGAAGAGGCCCACCUCCCCACGCGUGAGACAGAUGAGAUGAACGAGGUGGAGACGCCCCCAGCCCCCGACGAAAAGCACGUCUGGGUCCAGCCAAGGGUGGUCAGGCCCACGAAGCCCCGGAAGGCCUCUGAGGUCACCCACAUGACCCAGGUCGUCCAUUGUGACACCAAGAUGAAGGACAGGUGCCACGGCUCCACGUGUAACAGGUACCAGUGCCCAGCAGGCUGCCUGAACCACAAGGCCAACGUCUUUGGGACUCUGUUUUAUGAAAGUUCCUCCAGCAUCUGCCGGGCCGCCAUCCACUACGGCAUCCUGGAUGACAGAGGUGGCCUGGUAGAUGUCACCAGGAAUGGGAGGAAGCCCUUCUUCGUCAAAUCUCAGAGGCACGGCGUGGAGUCGCUAAGCAAAUACAAACCGUCCAGCUCAUUCAUGGUGUCAAAGGUGAAAGAGCAGGACCUGGACUGCUACACCACUGUGGCUCAGCUCUGCCCGUUUGAGAAGCCGGUUUCUCACUGCCCAAGAGUCCGCUGUCCAGCCUACUGCAGAGACGAGCCGUCCUACUGGGCCCCUGUGUUUGGAACCAACAUCUACGCAGAUACGUCCAGCAUCUGUAAGGCGGCUGUGCACGCAGGCGCCAUCCAGAACGACAGCGGUGGCUAUGUGGACGUGAUGCCCGUGGACAAGAAGCGGAGCUACACAGGCUCGCUGAGGAACGGCGUGCAGUCCGAAAGCCUAAGCGCGGCCCGGGACGGAAAGGCCUUCCGGAUCUUUGCAGUCAGACAGUGAACGCUCAGCAGCGGGAACAAGGGGUGUCUUCAGCAGGGACUUGGGGUUUUACUUUUCCUUUUUGUCACUUGGGGAUUGGGGGUGGGGAGAUAGAGGGUCAGGGAGCCUCUGUGGAUGGUGCCAGUGUUGUGUCCCUUGGUGGCCUGUGACGGUGACAGCCCACCCCCCACCGCGGAGCAGCUGUGUCUCAGUGUCUGUUAGACAACUGGCACCAGACCUGCCAGGCCUCAGAGUCUCCACACGGGCCCUUCUGUCUCUUUGGACCUGCCCUGUCCCUAAAAGGACAGUCACUGGGACGUCCCUCACCACGUGUUCUCUUGAGUAGAGGGGCAGAUUCCUACCCCCAAGAGAACGUAGUGCUGGGGACGACAUUGCAAGGUGUUGGGACCAGAGCCCCCAGAGUGGCGUGGGAGGGUUUCAGGAAUGGAGAGAAAGUAGUUAUUUAAAAAUAAAAAGUCACAGCCUAUCCCUGCCAACAAAGCAAAAGGGCUUCAUGUUUGCUGGUCAGACAAACAGCUGGAGGAGCCCGGGCCACCUGGGAGGGUCCGCCCUGUCCCCCCAGACUGCCCCUGUGUGGCUGUGUAUCAGCAGUGCUGGUUUAUUUGGGGGUCAGCAGCGACUCCCAAGCCGUCUUGUCUGUCACGCCUUUCAUCCUGUGGCCUUUGUUUCCCCCAUGGCCUUUGGUCUCCUUGAGGGCCAAUGCGUCUGGGUGCCUUCUGUCCCCUCCCGGUGACAUGGCUUUGCCAGGGCUCAGCCCACUCUGUCUUCCGUCCCAGCUCUGGUGGUGACCCAGUAUUCAGCGGAGUGGGGAGCGGAUGCCUGGACAUGUCCCUCCUGGGGUGAGCAGCUCCUCUCUGUAGGAAACCAGGCCUGCGCAGCCCCGGCAGGAUUUCUUUUCCUGUUUUCGUGGCCUGGCUCCUACCAGCGCCGUGCACUCUGCUUCCCUCCCUGCUCAGGAGCCCGGGCCAGAACCGCAGUGAAAAGCAGCUCCCUCUGGCAGUCGCCUCCCCCGGGAGGUGAAAUUUCCUUCCGCAGCCCAGCUGGCCCUUGUGCCCCUUUCCUAGGGCCGGCUUCUGGCUGGAUCUCACUCGACAUCGGAGUACGUCACAGGGAACAGAGCAAAAGCAAGAAGCACGUGGGGUCAGGCGGCUUCUUCACUGUUAGGUUGUCCUUGACCACACAGGCCGUGAUGGUAAAUCACUUUUUCAAAACCACCCCUCCUCAGGGUCUGUACAGAACACGCUGUGGCUCGCCUGAGCUCAGUGCAGCAUUACUGCUGCUGUGGGCUUGGUGGGUUCAUGGCAGUUCGGGGACUCUGAUGUCGGGGGGCGAGGACUUGGCUCCUGUUCACGGGGGGCGGGGAGGCUCGUGGCCACAGGGUCCCGCACUCAGGCUCCAGGGCACCCACCCCAGGCAAACCAGAGUUGCAGUGUGCCUGGCACUGUCACUGCAGAGUCCCUGGUCCUCCCUGUCUCCUCAGCUGCCUUUCUGUCUGGGAGGCAGGGGACAAAGCCAGGGCCUUGUAACAUUUGAAACUGGAACCAUUUUUCCUCUGGAAAAUGGAGUAGAGAACAAGUGAUAAGCCUCUGUGGCCAGGGCCACCUCUCCUUCUGCGUGUCCUUGUCCCUCCCUGGAAAGGCCUGGUUGGUGCUGGGUUUUGCUGUUGUGCUGGGAAGGGGUUUGGGUUCUCCAGUUACCUGCAGGCUCACUUGGCCCGCAGUUCAUGUGUGUGCUUUUUUUCUAUGAAAAAUGAUGUAUUUUACCGCUCCCUAUGUACAGAAGUUUAUUGUGUUCUUGUGUGCUUUGCGUGAACAGGGCAUGGGGCUGUUGCUGUGGCUCAAUAAAGCUGGUGUGAUU